ACAGUACCCCUGAUGCAUUGCGAUUUAGGUCGGCCUACGUCAUUGAAAAGCGUCGGCAUCCAGCGUUAGUCAAGCAAGUGGAAAAUAACUUUUAAUACUGUAUUUUUUUGGCAAUCACUGUCGACGUUUCAACUUCGUAAACGAAAUCGCGAGCCUCAAAAAAGUAAUUUAGCCGUAAAACGACCAUACAAGGCGGCGAAGUCUCCUAAGAUAAGUUAGCAACGAUGCUACAAACAAGUGUAGCUAGCUCUCGUGCGCGCUUCCUCAUUUGACAGCUAUUGAGUUGGAAUGUAAACUUUUUAAAACUCACUAACUUGUUCCAAUUAAGUAAUUCUCGACAAUGAGAGACCAUGGUGCUCCUGAGAGAAGGGAUGUGUCCUGGACUGGAUGAAGAUUUACUACGCCGCUUAAGAGAUGCUCAUAUAAAAACAGUGGAAGACUUGGUCUCGUCCGGCACCGAGGAGCUUGCACAGAAAUGUUCAGUGUCAUAUACGGCUUUGCUAGCCAUCCGCAGAGUGCUGCUGGCACAGCAUGCUGCCUUCCCGGUGUCAGGGGCCGAUCUCUACGAUGAACUGCUCAGCUCCACCGCCAUCCUGUCCACUGGAAAUCCCAACUUGGAUGCUUUGCUGGAUUCAGGCGUGUACACGGGAGAGAUUACAGAGCUGGCAGGUGGAUCAGGAAGUGGCAAGUCUCAGGUGUGUUUUGGCGUGGCAGUGCACAUCGCGCAUCACCUGAGACAAAACGUCAUCUAUGUGGACACCACGGGGGGGCUGUCGGCCACCCGCCUUCUGGAAAUGCUGCAAAGUGAGACGAGCAGCGGAGAAGAGCAGAUGGAAGCCCUGCAGAGGAUUCGCAUCUAUCGCGUGUUUGACGUUUUCUCCCUGCUCGGCUGUCUGCACCGUCUUCGCAGUGGAGGACUUCAGCAGGCGUGUAUUGGCGGCGGCUCUGUCAAGGCGCUGAUUGUGGACUCCGUGUCGGCCGUUAUCUCUCCUCUGCUGGGAGGCAAACAUCAUGAAGGUGCUUUUAUGAUGAGUCAGGUGUCUUUGGUCCUGAAGAUGUUGGCUAAAGACUUCAACAUGGCAGCUUUGGUGACUAAUCACGUGUCGACGAGCAGCGGCGGCGAGCUGCAGCCGGGCCUGGGCGUCCCAUGGAGUCACGUCCCCAGAACCCGAGUCCUGCUGGAGAGACCUCCGACCGCCACCGUCAGCAGACCCGGGCUGCGCUCCGCCACCCUCAUCAAGUCUUCCAGGCGGCCAUGUUUCAUCCACGCUGACUUUGAUCUUCAGUGGUGGAGUCGCUCCAAGCAUGGAACGUCAGGAAAGAGGAAGCUGGACCACACAGAUCCUUGACCGGGACAACCUCUCAGGUUCAUAGGUCACCAUGGCGACACAUUUAAACUGUCAAUCAGAGGGGGUGUGAUGAUGAACACAAGAAAACAAAUAAUAGUGGGGGCUAGCAGGGGGCCACAACGCGCCUCUUGCGGAUGCACUCCCAGAUCCACCCCGCCGACACCUUCUGCGCCCGGCUGUCCUCCUCGGGCUCGGCCAGUGUGUGCGUGGCCGAGGCGGCGUCGUAGUCGGCCACCAGGUCGCCGUCGUACGCCACGAAGUAACGCCGCAGCUUGUCGAAGUCGUCCGCACCUGCAGGCAGGAAGAGCUUCACCCCGCUGAAGAUGUCCAACAGCGUCUGCCAGACAGACAAGUAGAUAAAUGGCAAUCAGGUAUAGUCUUCAUGUAAACAAACUGGAUACAUUUGUAUUCAUUCCCUUGGUGACAGUAACUUUUUAAUAUUCUAUUGUAAAACAUGAAAUGAUAUAAAAAGGGAUUCUGAUGGAGACGCAUCGUGAAUAAACCUGUGAUUUGCAAGCUAGUGAUUAGUUUUAAAGUCAGCAUGUAACUGAAGUAAGAUGAGUAGUUAUUCAGAAUUUAGCGCUUGGUGACUGACCUUGUCGUUGUUGGGUUCCAGCAUCUGAGGCGGCGCUGCCUUGGUCUUGGCGUGUCCGUUGCUGUGAACACUUUCACUCUUCCUCACCUGGGAGGAAAGUCUGUUAGGUGGGGCUUUACAUUAUCAACAUUCCAUGAACACAAGGCAGUACCUUCUUGGGAACAGGGGUGCUUGGUUCAGACUUGACCACCUUACGUUUGGCAGGGGUGCUGGUGCCUGUGGAGACAGGAACGUCUAUUAACAGUGGAGAGUUGCUCUACUUUAAAUUGUAAAUCAUUUUUUUUAAUGGUAGUUUCAAUAAAAAAUGGCUUGACGGUGCGAUCUGUGGGUGUGCGUGUGGGUGGGGGAAGUGCUGCAGCCAUGAAUCCAGCAGAGAGUGCUGUCUCACAAGUCCAACCACUCAACAUUUUCCAGCAGGAAGAUGCACUGACAUGCCGUGAUGUGUUUUACAAUACUGUAAGCCUGUAACCGUUUGUUAAUGUUAAUCUGGGGUUUCGCAAAUAGGCAGAUUUUAGUUCUUUGUCUGUUUCAUAUGUCUAUCAUGCAUUUUCAAUGGUUGAGUAGUUUUACAUCCUUCCUUUAUAGCGAUUAAUUGGUUCCAGACCUGACCGGGAUAAAUUAAUUUCCACAAUAUGGGAUUCAAUGUUAAUAAAUUGAAUAUUUUCAUAGUUAGAGCAUAGAAAUGUAUAUAUGACAUAACACUUCUAUGGUUUCCGUGACGAGGAACAGAGUAUCGCUUAGCUGCUGGGUCAUUCAUGUAAAAAGUUUGGCUUCUCAAAACAAUAUGCGUUCAAAAGAGUAAUACAUUUGCAUCAUACAAAUGCCUCCUCAACAAAAUCAGACCUCAUAAAACGCUCAGCGUUAUAUUUGUCUCCUGCCGUGUCGCCUCUCCAUUGAUCAUGACGGAGUGCCGCAGCCAUCUUGUUUACGUGUGUUCCACAGCAGAAGAAGACAUGAGCGUCUUCAUCACAUACACACAAAUAGAGAGGCGACAGAGUGCAGGGACACUAAUAUAAUGCCGAGCGAUUUGUGAGGUCUGAUAUUUUUUGAGGAGGCAUUUUUAAGAUUCAAAUGUAUUACUCUUUUGAACGCAUAUUGUUUUGAGAAGCAAAACUUAAAUGACCCAGCAACGAAGCAGAACUACGUUCCUCGUCACAGAAAUGCGACCAGAACUGGACUCGCAGGACCAAAUGGGAGGGGGGGUAAUGUCAUGUAAGCUCAUGUCUGAGUGUUUUGUGUCAUGUCUGCUGCCGAGUACUACAUACAGGAUCACUUGUAUUUCAAUAUGUUUUGACUAAUAGAAUUUAAAAAUGAAUUUAUUAAUUCAUUUCUGAAAAACAGCGCAAUAGCGAGGGGUGACUGUAUUUGACUUUUGUUAAAAAGUAUACAUGAACCUUAUUUUACACGUGUUUUUUGCCCCCUACUCACUUGUCUUCUUGGGUGGGGCGCAUUCCCUCGCGGAAGACAAGGGUGCGGGGGAGUUUCCACCACUGUCCCCUCCCGAUGAGCCCUUGUCCUCGCCGGACGGUCCCGCUGUCACUUUGAAGUCGCAGUUCUCCUUGGAGAUGCGAUACAGCUCCUGAUGCAAAGAGGGGAGACGAUAAGGAAGACGUGCUGCAUCACGUAUUAUUAGCACAGAGAAGCUUAGGGGCGCUGGGAGUUGUACUUUGAGCUGGCUCAGGUUGGUGGCGCUCUUCCAGUCCUUGUCGUCACGGAUGCGGGUCAUGCGGGGGAAGCGGAUGGAGAUGCCGUCGGCCGUGUGCAUCUCCGACUUGGAGAACUCGGCACCUGUGAUCUCCCACACUGGCGCUUGCUUCCGCAUGACAAACACAAAACGUCAAUACUACCUUGUCUUGGUUUCUUUGCUUUACAAGUGUGACAACUUGGUGGUUGCUCAGUAAAAUAUGAGCAAUACAAUAAAUAUCAAUUACAUACACAAAUUAUUUGACCAUACAAUGCACCUAGAACGCCACUAGGUGACGGUAUCACUGACUCUCCUUCAAGGCAGCCCUUGUUAUAGCAUAUUUUAGCUUUAUGAAACAGUGCUUCGCUUCUUUUUACACUUGUGUGUUUUACUUCAAACGUUGCCUGUGCCUGCUUUCAUGAUGGUGGAACAGAUUAAAUCACUGCAUGCAUUUCCUAUGGGAUUUUUUUUCUUAAUUAUUGGGAAGCCAGCAUUAGUUACCAUAUCUAUCACUUUUGCACUAAACACAGUAAGAGUGUAUUUGCUCCUCCUAGUGGGGACGGUGAGUAAUUACAAACACAGAGGUCCAUCAAAAUUGACUAGGAAAUGAUAUUUCAUUUUUGCCUCAGGCUGAGACUGUUAUAAACACGUUGCAACCUGCGUUUUGAUUGAAAAAUAUAUAUAAAAAUAUUAAUAUCCAUAACAAUAUCAAAGUGAAUCAUAUGUUGUUUCUUUCAAUGAAAUAUUUGGAGUAAAAAUGAACCUUUUACGAAAGACUGAAAAAAACUUGUUGGUCUUUGCUCACCUCAGGAUUACGGAUGAGAAAAUCGGGGUAGUAGUUUUUGACGAUUUUCAGCCAGCUGGGGAUUUUACUGGGGUCCUGGAAACAAAGAAAGCCAAAAAUAAGAGCGCAGACGUUUGCAUUCCAGGCCGGCGACUCUUCUGUCUGACCUUGCUGAUUUUGAUGACGUCCAGCUCUUUCUGGAGGCGAGCCAACAUGGCGUCAUCAUAGCCUCCCGAGCACUUGGUGACCGUGCACCACUUCUUGGAGUCCGGGUCGAAGCAGCCCAUGAGGAAGCUGGACAUGAUGCCCCCUGGGGAGAGACGCAGGUUUUAUUAUUACUGUAGAGCACGGGUGUCCAAACUUCAAGCCAAGUUUUUCCAGAGAGAUUAUUACAUCGCUUUAGUACAGAAAAUUGAUAACCACUGCUUUAGUCCCAUAAUAUUUUGACUUAUUUCCAUUAUAACUUUUCCCUUACCUAAUUUUCUGACUGAGCUGAGUUCAACCAAUGCAAAACAAGAGUGUUUAGGUUUAACUGGUUGCACAAAGACCAAGCCAUGAUGAGCAAGCCAGGUGAAACCAACAGACCCCAUAAAUAUACCCCACUAUCAAUCAGAGUCACCGAAUGACCAUGGCAAUGGCAGCGGCACUUUUCCCCCAACAGCAGUGGAAAUCCUCAUGGAGGCUUACGAGGAGGUAAAAGAGCAAAUAAAAAAGAAAGGCACCACCACCACCAGUCAUAAAACAUAGAAAGCGUGGCAAAGUAUUGCAGAGGCUAGUCUGCAAUACUUUGUGUGCACAAAUACACACUCACUGCUGCACGAUGUCUCCGAAAACUUAUAAACAGUUUGAAAUUGUAGGUGAAAUUGACUGCAGAUGACUCCAUCAUCUUGUAGAUGUAUGUGUUUUAUAUGCAAUGUGUAUCGUAUACAGUAUAUACAGUAGUAUGUGUAAGUGAUCUAAUGAUUGCAACAUCAUCUACAAUCAUUUAUGUACAAUGAUUGAAAUGAAUGAUGACAAAUAAUGACAGUGGGUCCAGUUGAAUAUGAUAAUGUGUGGUGGGCAGUGGAAUAGUAUAGUAUAGAAUAGUAUAAUAGAAUAGUAUAAUUAGUUUCCAUUUAUGGUGACUAGUGACAGAGAUACGGUAUGAGAUGAAAGGUCUGGAGCAGGCUAACUCUACACAUUAACUCUCCAUGGUAAAUUAUGUCAGAACUUUCCACUUGUGCGACGAGAUCACGGAUAAGAUUGGCCAGGAUAACCAAGAUAUCCCAGCUUAAUACCUUAUCCUAGUUUUGUGCAACAGGCCCCAAAUAUGCUGUUCCCCUUCCAAAGCAUGCAGCAAGAUGACAUUGUGCAUCAUGCUGGUGAGGGACAAAUGAGUGGGGAUAUAACCUGAGCUCACUUUAAUACUCGUGUCGUUGGCUGUGAUGUGGUACCUAAUGAUGUGGAUUUGGGCGAGCGUGCUAGCGCAAUAAAAGUAUAAUUAAUACGGUUCCCAGCUAGCUCGGUGGGAUGAUAAAGUGCUCGGCGAGCCAACUUCCUGGGAGUAUAAACGCGACACUAAAGCUGUCAGAGGCAAAAUGACGUAAGGCUUUAUGGCGUGAAAAUGACUCUGCAGCAUUUGCGCUAAUGAAGAAGAGGAAGAAGACAUCAUUUGGCUUCUACACACACACACGAACGCACCGUUGGAGCCUUUCCCGUAGAAGGCCCCCAGAACCACCAGGUCUGCCGUGUCGGCCAUGGCGCCCUCGUUCAAGUAGUCCUUCUUGACCUUCAGCCAGUGGCGCUUGCCUGGUUCAUAGGAGCCCUGACAGACACACACACACCAUCACCAUGGCAACACACACACACACUUAAAAGUGACUACACUGACCUUUACGUCUUUAAGCACGAGGCCUUCAAGACCUUCUCUGAUGACUCGAGUGAUCAUGUCAGCCAGGUCUCCUGCACGCUAAACACGCACACACGUGUAAGUGACGUACACGGUUUUAGCGUAUAAAAAGUGUGAUGUGUGACGUGCGUACAGUGACGUGCUUCAUCUCAGAGAAGAGGAUGCGGUUGGGCACCACUACCAUGUUGUCAUGCAGGAACUUCCUGCGUUCACACAACGGCCUGCACGCAAUAAAACACAUUCAUAGGGACAACAUUGGACAACAUUCAUUUAAUUAGAAAUUAUCAUUACAAUUACAUCCAAUUUUGAUCUAAAACACCACAAAACGAUUGUAGUAACUUGAAAUUUGAGGAGCCCAUUUCCAAAAGGUGUUAAAUCCAUUUUUACCACAAUGAAGGUUUUUGCAUUAAUAGCUGCUGUGUUAGUUGCAAAGACCUACAGAGUCAACCGCUGAUGAUGUAACAAACGGAACUGACAUCCUGUUUCCAUGUAUUGGCAAGCUGAUAGGAUGCUAACAAUGAUGUUUUGUGAUUAAAAAUACAUUAAUUAACACAGUUACUCACGUAGUGUAUUAAUAACAUAACAAGACACGGACCAUAUUGUACGCUAAGCGGAAAAUGUACGCGAACAGAGGCAAACUUUUGGUUUAAUUUUUUAACGUUAACCGACAAACACACUACCUGGUGCCGUAUGCUAACCUAGGUUCCACUGUGUGUGUGUGUGUGUGUGUGUGUGUAUGUGUGUUGCCACCUUCUGCAAAAGUAAAUAAGGGACACCUUGUUGGCAGGGCCAACCAAACUGCCUUUUUGCCUUUAAUUGCGUAAUUUGAUGCCUGUUUUAGAGUCAUACUAAUACAAGGGACAUUAAUUGUUCAGAAUUAACAGAAUAAAAUACCGAUUUAAAUAUCUUACUCAUAGAAAUUUGCCCUACUGCAGGACAGUAUAAAAAAUAAAAAAAAUAAUAAAUUGAGGCUUAUGAUAGUAAGCGUAGUAAUGUGUAUUCAACUUCCACUAUCACUAUUAAAGCUUCUAUUAAAGCGACUUUGACGAAACGAAAGAAAAAAGAAGAGGUGAUCUACUCGUGUUUAAUGUGACUGCCAACAUUUUGUUGUACUUUAUUUACAAAGCACAUCUCCACUCAGUGUGCUCAUUGUCUUUGUGCUAUUUUGUGCUCAUUUGUCAUUAAAUAUAGACAUCAUGUCUGAAGUGUACAGUUAUAAAAAUACUAAAAGCUGAAGCAAAUCUUUGUUGAAAAUGUUUUGUUCAAAAUGAGAGCAGAGAGAGAGCCAUGUUGUUAAGUGACACUUAACAAAAGUAAGUUAGCAUGUACCCCAUGAACGUGACGCCACUUGUAUCGUGAGACAAAAAGGAGCUCCCAAUGAACCGCAAAAUGUCACCAUGGUUAAAUAAAAAAAAAAAAAAAGAAAAGGAAGACAAAGUCACAUUUGGAGUCCAUGGACUAGGCGGACAACUCUCGCUUGCUAGCUGGUAGCUGCUGUCAGAGAGACAGAGGAACGUGAGAGCUCAGCAAAAUGUGUAAACAAAGAUGGUAGAAAAGUCGAUCAAAUGUGAUUGAAACGCGAGUGAUCACAAACGCUGGCAUCGAUAGACUUCGAUUGUGACAAGCUAUUGUCAACUGACUCCACAUUAUAGACUAUUUUGCAUUCUCAUGGUAAUAAGGGGCAUCCCCUGUAAACUUAAUACACAUAUGUACUUUUAUCUGGUCGUACAUGCGUGAGUAAAUGAAAAAUGUACUCACGAUGUGUCAUAUUUUAGUUGCAAAAUGCGGCCAUUUAGUCUGCAGCCCUGGUAGAAGUCAAUUGUUGGUACAAUUCCAUGUUCUCUGCUUUGCAGUCCAAACCAGAUCUGAUGGUUAAUUGAAUUAUAAUUACAUUUAAGAUAUUCAAAUCCUGCUUAUUAUUUAUUCCUCUUAUUUAAUUACAUUUUUUCACUCCAAUGGAUUUAACACCUUCUGGAACCAAAUGUGGAUUUGAUGGAUCAUACCGUGUCGGCCAUGGCGCCCUCGUUCAAGUAGUCAAUGACCAUAGGUGAGGGUAGGAACGUAGAUCGAACGGUAAAUUGAGAGCUUUGCCUUUCGGCUCAACUCCCUCUUAACCACAACGGACCGAUAAGAGUCCGCAUCCCUGCAAACACCGCACCAAUCCACCUGUCGAUCUUGCAUUCUAUCUUUCCUCACUCAUGAACAAGACCCGAGGUACUUAAGAUCCUCCACUUGGGGCAGGAUCUCAUCGGGCCACAACCACAGACUCAGAUUUGGAGGUGCUGAUUCUUAUCCCAGCUACGUGACUCUACCCAUCAAUAUCUUUAAAUAUAUGAAAACCAAAAAAUGGCGAAAAUUGUUUAGUAAAGACUAUUUUUCACUUUUAAGUAAUCAAUAUAAAUAGGCAUUUUCAUUUUCAAAAAAAAAAGUAGUAUUGUCAUACAAGCAUUUAUUGCUCAAGUACAUUACUAAGCACAAUUUAAAAUGUCUUUCUAUUCUAUUUCUAAAAUAAUGAUUUCUAAUAAAUAAUGAUUUACUUGUAAAUUCUUCAAAGGUGCCAAUAACUGUGUGAGUGUAUUACCUCUCCAUGAGACUGGUACCAUUGAAGUAGAUGCAGUCAAAAACAAAGAGGCACACGUUGGCGUCUUGAAAGGCGGCUUUCUGAAGGGUACAUAGGACAUUGGGUAUCAUCACGGUGACAUUUGGGCAGACUAUAAAAGGGGCAAAUCUGGCACACAGUCAGCGCCGCUUUUACCUUGUGCACACCCAAGGUCCCAAAGGGCAGGGGCUUGCUGGUGUUGGUGUCGAUGAGCAGCACCUCGGCGUCCAAAAUCAUACUGUUGCCACCGGGAAAAGCCUGAGGGAUGUAGUCCUUGAAGUGGGCCACCUGGAGCGCAUGUUGGGAACAUUUCAUUUAACCAACAUGAAGUGAAUUUACUGUUGCCUUGCUACUAUGGGGAUUUUAUGUCCUGCAGCACCCUCUAGUGGAGAGAAUGAGAGUUAAUGGCAAAGGGUAGCCUGCAGUGUUUAUAUCUUCAUGCUGAGAGAACAAAUGUUGACACAUCCUGGUGAGAAAUGUCUCAGUUUCCUGCUGUGCCAAUCACUGGAGGCUGCUAAAUCACACAAGAGCAUCUCAUACUGAUCUCUGUGUGUGUUGUGUGUACUGACUUUGUGCGGCAACACAGGCUUGAGGCUGCGGCUGAAGUAGCUGAAGUUGUCGCCGUUCUUGUGGACCUGCACACGCUCGCCGUCGUACUUGAUCUCUGAGUACAUGCCGUUGGGGCAUUUCUUCAUUGCAUACUCGAUGGACUUGCACGCCUCCGCCUGGGAAUCGCAACAUUUAAAAAAAGCCAUCAAGUCACAAAAGCGCAUUUAGCUGUCAGUGUGCGGCGAGGGUUAUUGCGCCGCCAUUUCUUUUAUUCCUUUGCAGCAUUAUUGGAAAUCUAUGUCUAAUCUAGUCAUUUUUGCACUUUGUAAAGGCUGAACGUUUGCCUGGAGGCAAACAUGAAUGAUGCUUGUGUUUUAACAGUAAUGUGUUGAUCAAUAAGAGUGUGUUUUAAAUGCUUUCCUGGCCCUCAGGCUACGUUUGAGGUUGAACCCAAUAAAUGCUGUUGGCUUAUCCUGAGGGCACUGCAGCCAAGAGGACAAUGGGGUACUUUAGUACUUUAGUACUGAAGCUGAGCUAACAUUCGGGGUAUUCUCCCAAAGUGGCUGAACAAAAAGUUCCCCAAACAAAGUUAAACCGUACUGCAACGGCGGUUAACAACUUUCUUUGUCAAGUCUGUUUCUCGGCUUCGUGUUCAGUGCACGUUUGACAUCAUAUUAUUCUACUUGCACUUAAAAAUGCAGCAAUCCCAGGCAGUUUUACACAGGAUGAGCAAGUUAUUAUUAUGGAGCGUUAUGAGGAGUUCAAAAAGAUUAUUACUGCCUCACUGUCGCCGCCAAUAGAGCAACGGAGGACCGCUGGCUAAUGCUGAGAGUGUAAAUGCACAUGUAAAUGCUAAUACUCAUUACUAUACUAACUAUACCCUACUAGUCUUUUCAUUUAUCAACACUUAGCAUACACAACUUUGACAUAUUAACACUUAAAAAAUAAGUGUUUAAGUGUUAAUUGGAUCAACAACUGUCUUUUUCAUCUUUGAAAUAUGUCUAUAUUGUCAUAUUUUACUGCUCUAAAUUAUAAAAUGCUGGAUGCUAUGUGUGUAGUUAAGACCACUAGGUGGCACUGUUUACGUAUUUUGUGGCAGCCUUUUUGUUAAAAUUAAGAAGUGUUGCGUUGCAGUUGAUUGAUGCCUCAGAGUGCUUAUUCCUUCAGCAAACAUUAGAAUAAUAUAAGAAGAAUAACAGGCUGAACACUCAUGCAAGGCCUGCUGGGACAUAAACCUCGGCAAACAUUGGCCGAGUUAAUAUUUCAUAUUGCAUUUUAUUCCCAAUGUACGGCUCAAAAAGUGAGCAAAUUUUCUCAGCUGAAAAUCUGUAUCUCUUACAGAGAUGUGCAUCACCACCUUUGAGUGCCCGAGUGAUCCUUGGAGCUAUAUCCUCCUGGUAGGGUCUACCAAAGCUAACAGGUCCUAGGUGACGGGCCAGACCAAGAGUGAUUCAGAAGACCCUUUUAACAAACACAAGAGGAGGGACUACACCUCGCCCGUACAUACCAUGGUGCUACCCUGGCUUUACACGCAACACACCUCACUAACCCACUAAACUCGCUUCGCAGCGUACCCCCAUUGGCACAUGGGGUUGUUUUUGUUUGUCAGCGGGACUCACCAACAUGGGCUGAACCGGGGUCAUGAGUGACGCCUCUAUGGUCAACAGUUUCCUGGGUCCCGACCCGUUGGACGCCUCCUCCUGGUUCCUCAGCACCCGCUCGAUUACGUCACCCAGGUUACGGGAGGCCUUAAAGGCGUCGUAGGCGUUCGGGUCCACGGCGUCCAGGCUGACAUGGGAAGUGACCAUAGAGGGUGACUUUUUUUGUAGGUGUUAAUACAUGAAAGGGGGCACUUACACGUGUUUUGCUCCUGCGUUCAUCUUGAGGUCAUGCUUGAUGAGACGUACGAUGCAUUUGAGGUCGUUGCUGGUGCAUCUGUGAUGAGAAAGUGGUGUCAUUAUUGUGAUGCUAUGAUAAAUCCUUAUCUAUCGUCCAUACUAGAGCCCGAUGCCGAUCAAUCGGGGCCGAUUAUGGUGUGUCACCGAUUAAUCAACAUCGGUGAAUAUGUAACCAACAUUAACUUUUUUU